AUGGUGGCACUGAAAUCCCUUCUCCUGCUCUGUACUCUGGGCAUCCAGGUCGGGGCUACUGAUCCGACACAUGUGCUAUGUGAGACUAAGCUUGGCACCGCCUCCAUCGCAUCAAAUCGUAUCCCUACCGCUACUUCUACAGUCGUUGAGAAGCUCACAGUAGUGAAGAAAGUCAUCCGCAAGGUCAAUGUCGUGGUGGUUCCAAGACCCAAAACUAGUACUGUCCGAAGCACUUCGUGGAUUACAACCACAACACUGGCUGAUCCUCGAAAACGAACCGCUACUAGCACGUUUAUCGGUAAGAACGUCCCAGUCUCAUUACUGAUUGUAAUCUAUGCUAAUAUUUACUUUACUCUACUAGAUACUAUCACAAUCCACAGCACUCGUACUAGCACCUCUGUUACGUCUACGGACUCUUUCACUGUCACGACGAAAUAUGUAGACCAAACUGUCCCGGCUCCAGCUGGCUUCACCGCAAUCCUCAAUGACCCUCUUUACGAAGCGAGGCGCAGGAUGAGGGCUCUGAAUAACGAUCAAGAGGUCGAGGAUAUCCCCGAUAUCGCUGCAGUUAUGUAUCCACAGCGCGUGGACUGUACUAAGAAGAAGCCUUCAACUUCAACAACGACCACCACUACCAUCAUCCAGGGUCCCAGAACUACCGUCAAGGCAGUCACAAAGACACACUUCUCUACUGUUGUCUCAAUCACUACAAGUACUGAGUAUCCGCCUGAUGUGGAAACUACUGUCACCGUUACUACCUAUCCAGUCACCACCGUCUGGGGCGAGACUACCACAGUAUCUACUGUCACCAAUACAGGCAAGUCCUUAGCACGCCUCAUCUUAGUUAACCAUAAUAACAGCUUUCUCCUAGUUACGGUCGAGUCGCAGAUUCCUAUGGAGACAGUUUAUCUUGCAUGCAAAAAUGACAAUAUUCUCCGCACGGCCAACAAUGGCGGCCGGGUAGUAGCAUGGACAGACGUUUCUGCUGCCGACAACGCUCCUACUGACAUCGGUGCCGGUUACACUGCUUCCGAAUGUUGCGCUGAAUGCCAGAAGCGACCCUUCUGUCGUAUUAGUCUACUCGACACUGCAGAUACCAAGUGCUACCUUUAUCUCACUGGCACAGCAGAUCGUUGCUCCAACGGACAACAGCCCUCUUUUGGUAGAUACUUAACGAGUAACAAUUCCCCAGCGCAGCCUCAGUGGAUUUACAGUAACGGGCCGUGUGGUCAGUUGAGGAACGGUGGGGACAGGCAGUCAAUUCAGAAUACUUGA